GCCAGGCUGAGAAUCUCGGCGUUUUUCUCGCCAAGUUUGGCUAUGAAUCGCUGUUGCGUCCAGGCGCACCCCGCGCCUAUUCCAUGGGCCAUCCUGUCGCAUUUCCCCACUCGGUGGGCAUGACCAAAACGCUGGGCACGAAGCUGGUGCUGCAGUUGGAACCGCAUCUGCCAGCAGAGCCCAUGGUGGGCCAAACGGAAGCGGCCAAGCACAAAGACUGCCCCACAGUCUUUGUUCGCAGUGGUGUGCAGGGAUUUGCUGCCGCUACAGAUGGAAGGGUGAACUCCAAUGGCCCAACAGCGCAAUUGUUUCUGGUGUGCAGAGGAUGUUCGCGCUUCGUGUUGAAAUACGGUCGCAUCGAUCACCUGAAGAAAUUGUUGGGCCUUGGUGGAUCAGAGCAGAUCGGGGGGCUACUGGGAGCACCUGACACCAUGAUGUCCCCCGUGGUAAUGUCACCAUCCUUGAUCCGGUCCCCCUGCACAGUGGGAUCCGCAGCCGAGGAGACGGAACAGAUGCAGCAAUUGGAUAUGGAGUCCGAUGUGGGCGAGGUCGUGAAUGUCGUCAACGUUAUCCCCGAGGAUCAGGAACCUACAGAGGAGCAGCCUGAGGAUGACUUUGAAAAGGCCUUGGGCUUGGACUCUGAAGUGAAAUCCGUUGCGGCUUCCUCGAACUUUGGUGAGUCCAUGGUUGUGCUAACUUUGUCUCCCACCGAAGUGCACGUGCUGCGCCAGUCCUUCGAUUUUCUUCUGGCCUCGAUGGGACAUGACCGCGAAGCCGUGGGCGAUGCCAUCUACGGCCUGAAGAUCACUGCGCCGGUCGCUCUCAAGGACAACUUCACUACACCCAGAGCAGUGGUUUCUUUGCGCUUCUUCAAUUGCUUCCGCUUGCUGUUGGAAAAGGUUGAACACCCUGACGAGCUGAAAAUCUAUGUGGAAACCCUGGCAUUCAAGCACAUGGGCAAUGAAGUGACGGAGCUCCGGGUCGAUAAGGUUAUUGACGCGUUCAAUGAACUCUUGGUGAACAACGUGCCAACUCUCCCUCCUGGUACUGCCGCCGCAUGGCGACAGAUCCUCAGCUAUUGCGGCUCCUGCUACAAGUUCGUGGGUGACACCUAUGGCGAACGUCUCCGUGUGAUCAAGGAAGACUGGACUGCGGUGCAAGCCUCUGGGUCCAGGGAUGAAAAGAAGGAAGGUGACGAGACAGCGAAGGAAGAAGAGGCCAAAGAGGGCAAGGAAGGCCACGAAGGCAAGGAAGGCAAGGAAGGUGAAGAGGGCGGAGAGGCUGAAGGAGAAGAAUUGACCAACGAAGACAGCGCUGAAUCCUUCAGUUUCGCACGCAUGUGCGCCUUCAGUUGCGAAGUCAUGGGCCAAAAAACCGAAGCUUGGAUGGACGAGCUGUUGAAAGUCUUUCACAUCUUGGUGGAGAUGAUCUCCAGCCCUGUGCACCUUCAAGAGGAGUGCGACUUGUUGGCCAUCAACUUGAUCACAAAAUCCCAGUCCAUCGACUUUGAAAAGUUCAAGCCUGUGAUGUUGGCGGCGCUGCGAUCCCUGCUCCCCGGAUGCCCCGGAUGGCGUCCACGCCCGGCCUGGGAGUGGCUAUGGACCACCGUGGCGCGAAAUCUCAAUGAGUCCACCAUGAAGGUUCGAGCUUUUAAGCCCUUCAACGUGAAGCUCUUCAGGAACCUCACGGAAGAUCAUUUGAACCGUUUCCGCGUGGACAUUUUCACGGCCUUCUUCGCCAAGAGCACCGCCUCGCAGGAUCUCUUCAAGCAGUCUCAAUCACGUUUGCGCUAUAUCGCAGAUCGUGUGCUGCAAUCUUCCUCCGACAUGUUUCAAAAGAACAAAGAUGAGACUUUGGACGAUCUCUCUGCGUUGGGGUUGCGCCACGUGGGCUAUGGCAUUCCCAUUGAACUCUUCGGUCCCUUCGCGGAUUGCUGUGUGGAGGUCAUGCUGCCAUUGAUCCAGGAGAUUCCCAACGACUGCGUGAGCACCAAGAUGAUUUGGUGUCCCAAGGACAGGGCACAUCAAAUCCAAGAGAAAGACAUGCACGAGCACAUGAUGUUGGAGGGUUUCCGCUGGUCCAUCGGUCUGACUGCUCGAGUGCUGGUACGCACCAUCAUGGAUGGUUCAACGGCUGUGAUGCAAGCCAUUCAUUUCGACGACUCCAGACGCUUGCGCCGGGCCUUGCAAGAUGCGCCACGUGUUGAACGAAGCGUGUGGCAACUGGCUGUGCAAGUCGGAAGCCAGUCGAUCUCUCCGCUCUUCUGGGCGUUGAGGAGUGGUGCCCAUGCAGCGGCCAAGACGAUGAUCGAAGAUGUUCUUACCAUCCGUGCAGACAGAGAUAACUACUACUUUGGCGCCGACCAGCUCUUCAAGUAUCAGCCCAACAUUGCUGACAAUAUUUUGCGUGAGGCACCAUUUUUGGCAGACACACUGUUGAACGGUUUGAUUUGGCGCUCACACAAGAGUCAGGACAACUUGCGACCUGUGAUCUACUACCUGAAGCACAUGAUGCAAGACAUGGACGAAGAGAAGAUGCUGAGUCGCGCGUUGAUCAGCUACGUGCGUUUCAACCAUCCUCAGACCAUCAUGCACCCAAUCUUGGCCUUCUCCUUGGACUUGCUCUGGGAAAAGUUGGCCUUGCGCUUCUUCAUGAUGGACCGGGUGCUAACGGUGCUUAACUGUAUCAUCUUCAUUCUGGCCGAAUGCUAUUUGAACCAAGCUUCGAUGAUCUCGGAUCCUACGACCUCCAUGGUGCUGGCUGUGGCUCGUGGCUUGGUUUACACCUUGGGCUUCUUCCGCUUGGUCUACUGGCACAUUUGCCAGGUCUACAAAGCUUACCGUUACAAGGCCGUCGCAAAAGUGUGCGGACUUUGGGUUCCGCAGUACUUGUGUCGUGGUUCGGCCAUUCUGAGUUUUCUGAUCAUGGUUGACUUGCUGUGCAUGUUGACCGUGGAACCCAUGGUCCAUUGUUUGGGCCAAUCGGAACCUCAGGGCGUGGUCUCCUUCCGCUGUGAGCAAUGGACCGACGAAAUGAGCCUUUUGUACGAAAUCUUUGUGGUCUUGGGUCUCUUCUUGUAUGUGGUCCUCAUCGUGGAGCUUGGAAGCAUCUCCAUCAAGUUCUCAGAGUAUCGUGUGCUGUGCCUGCAUGCCAUGGAGCAGGUCCUGCUCUGUUUUGGCGUGGUCUUCCUGACCAUUUUGACCUUCGCCUUCGCUAUCUCCGGCAUGCCACGGGAGGUGGGUCACCUCAGCAACUCUGCAGAAUGGGAGGACGUCGCGGCCAUCCUGAGCACCUUGAUCCGCUUGGCCUUCGGCGCCAUGGACUUGGGGGUCAUCGAACAAGUUUGCGCUGAAAGUCCCUUGCUGAUCGUUGUGAUCGUCCUCUUCAUGAUGCUGGUGUACAGUUUCUUUUUCAAUCUCCUGGUCUCGCAAUUCUGCGGAGUCUACACUUCUCUCGCAGCGGACAUCAAGGGCCAUGCGAGGCUUGCGCGAGGAGAAAUCAUCAUCGAGACCUUCAAGGCUGGAACGGACCAGAAUUCUUCGGUCCGCGAGGCCGUGAAACUGACCAGAUGGCAGAAAUUCAUGAACUCUUUGCAUUUGGACCAGAAGGUGGACUUUGAACAAGGUGACAUUGGCUUGGCUGGAGGUAUUAAGACCUUCGAGCCAGCCCUGGCACAUCCGGUGGCAAAGGACCAGAUCAUCCGCUUUGGUGGUCGUACGGAAGGACAUUUGCCUUGGCCAGAGAAAAACGAAGCCGAGGAGCACAGCAUUGAGAGGAUUCAAAAAACGCUUCACAAGAUGUUGGGCGGCAAGGGAAACAAGUUCGGAAGCAGCCUUGGCACCAGCGACCACGAUUCGCCGCUCGAUCUUUUGAUGUUUGAAG